CUUCGACGGCUCCCCAGCCAAUCACGUGGCGCUAACUGGUAGAAGUCAUUGUAGAAUUAUUUCGGCUUAGACUUUGUGCAGAAUGCUGCAUAUUAUUAAGAAUAGCGGAAGACAGCAUCUCCAGAUGGUGUGUGGAAGAGUCUUGGAAACUGUGUCUAACAACACAGUUAGAUCAGGAGUCACCUCCUCCCCAUGGAGACUUCUUGCUGAGAAGACCUUCUUCUCCCAGCUGGCUUCCACCUGCAGACUUGGCUCCUUUAAACCAGACCUUCACUUGAAGUGCCCCGGAGGCCAGCAGAGAAAGGGAAGCCCAGCCUGUGUAUCCUCAGAGUUUCCUCAGAGUGUGUGUUCUCAGAGUCAACGCACCCUAUCACAGGGCUCGGGGAAACCCCCCCCCAGGGUGACGCUACGCACCCGCCUGGUGGUGACGCUGCUGUUCGGUGGGGGGAUCCUGGCCGCUUGGUGGUUUGUGCGACGCGAGAAACUGCAUAAGAUCCAGUUGCAGCGGAUUGAGCAGCUGAGGCAGGUGGCCUUGGGCAAAGGAGACUUCAGCCUCCUGGACCACACAGGACGGCGGAGGACCAAAAGCGACUUCCUGGGCAGAUGGGUCCUCCUGUACUUUGGUUUCACCCACUGCCCAGACAUCUGCCCUGAGGAGCUGGAGAAGAUGACCAGUGUGGUGCACAUACUGGACCGGGAGUUGGAGUCGCCACGCAUCCAGCCCCUCUUCAUCAGCGUGGACCCAGAGAGAGAUGACGUGGCCGCGAUGGAGAAGUACGUGAAAGAUUUCCACCCUCGCUUGAUCGGGUUGACCGGCACGCCAGAGGAAGUGCAGGAGGUGGGACGGGACUUCAGGGUGUACUACAGCAAGGGCCCCAAGGAUGAGGACAAUGAUUACAUCGUGGACCACACUGUGCUCAUGUACCUAAUCAAUCCCGAUGGCCUCUUUCUGGACUAUUACACCUCAAGCAAGGAUGACCGACAGAUAGCUGAGGGCAUCAGAAACCACAUGAAAGCCUAUGUGAAGAUGCCCCAAAACUGAAAUGAUCUUGUGGCCCAAACCUCAAACCUACAUUUCUGGUUUUAUCCAGGAAGGUGACGCCAUGUCUUAUCAGACCGUUGUGUCCAACCUGCUGUAGGGCUUCGUUUUCUAAUGGGCUGACUUGUGUGUGAUUAUUCUGUAUAUUUUUGUGUAUUUCUUUACUUACAUCCCAUUCCAAGUAGAAUGCAUACCGGCGUGAUUAAAAUUACUUUUUGCUUUACAACAGUUCGCUGGACCAAAGAGGGUGUAACAGCACACGGAGGACAAGGCUGCAGGAGACAUGUGCUAUUAGAUGAGGUUAUGUACUUAUGUGUGGAUAUAAAGGGAAAUUCAUUCAUCUGUAGAAUUCAGCAUGUAUCUGAUUCCAUUCCUUGGCCUGACCUGGAGGAUAAUGGAGAUGAUACCUGGCAAGAACAACAGAAAACAAGCUGUAUUAAAUGCCCUGGCUGGCCUUAUUUUAA